UUAGUCUUGAUGAAACAGUGCUUCAGUCAAUCGUUGACGGCCAAUGUACAACAACGUAUCUUCUUUAGAGUAGUGCAUUGUGUUAUUUCACAUAAUUGAAAAAAUAAGGCAACAAUGUCUCAUUCCGUGACAAUUAGAACACAAACGGUGACGGCUAGUUCAUCAACGAUUGUCAUCAACACAGGCUAUUUAAAAAGUUGGGGCGGUAUUUUAAAGUUUUUACAAUUGGCGCUGGGCAUAGUUUGCGUAGGGAUUAUUGGUAACGAAUUUAAUACUUAUCCUUCUCGGACUACGCCAGAGUGUUUCUUUCUUGUCAUAACGAUUACUUUUAUGAUUAACACUUUCAUUCUUCUUCUCAGUUGUUUGAUGUCUCUUUCUACUGCAUCUAUCAUAUCUAAAACGAUCUACGAACUCCUUUAUCAUUCCAUUGCAUUUGGAUUAUUACUUGCGGCUUCAUUGACGCUAAUGGUGCACAUCAAUAAUAAUAGGCGUUAUAACUACGAAUUGUUAUUAGGCGCAUCUAUUUGCGGUCUAGUAAAUACCGGUUUCUAUCUCUUCAGCACGAUUCUUGCCCUUCGUACUUAUAGAGGAUUUUAAGCUAUUCAAUUAUACGACAGCGAUUUUAAAAAAAUGGCUUUUAUCAUAUUUGAUUUUUACAAGCCAAAUUUGUAUAAGAAUUUGUAUAAGAAUUUUAUUUAAUUAAAUUAAUAUAUGUAUAUGCACAUGUGUAUAUAAGCUGCACAUAUAAUAUAAUAAAUUUUGAUUCUGUCUAAUA